AUGGAUAAUGCCGGCUUUAAAUCGCUGGUCCUAUACACAAUCGGCACAGCGGUGAUUCUGGCCACCCCGGUCGCAUAUCAUUCAUGCACCCGUGAAAACAACACGAGCUUGUUGUCGCGUCUUCAGCGAUUUCUACGGCCGCUGCCACAAUACAUCCACGACCCACUGGAAGAAGGCCAAUUCCGUCUCAUUCAUCUGCUCCCCGGACAUCAUGAUGACGACGUUCGCAUCGAGCUCGCCAGUGAGUGGAUCAAAGCGCCCAUCAAGUAUCAUGCCGUCUCGUAUGCCUGGGGCGAUGCCAAAGACAAAGCAUACAUCGCCUGCAAGGGAAAGGAGAUACAAAUUACUCAAACUCUGUUCGAAGCUCUAAAGCGCUGGCGCUCCCCCACCGAGGAGGUCGUGCUUUGGGCAGACUCUAUUUGCAUCGACCAGCGGAACACGUUGGAGAAGACGCACCAGAUUGGGCGGAUGACAGAUAUCUACUCAAAAGCGGAAUCUGUUAAGAUCUGGCUCGGAAGCGAUGACGCGCAUGUCGGUGGAAUCCAGGACGUGAUCAAAGAGGCUUUGGACAUUAUUCCCCCAGUCGUGGACGAUCCUCAGAAGAAUAGAGAAAGUGCAGGACUCAUCGGCACCCGCAACCACAAACGAGCCCGAGAGGGCAAGACCACCAUAUGGAACCUGGACUGGAACCCUCUGAGGUCACUAAUGAAACACACUUGGUUCGAACGGAAGUGGGUUUACCAGGAGGCGAUUCUCAACGAUAACACAUGGGUCUACUGCGGGAAGCUCGUGAUGCCAUUUCAACCGCUCUCCGAGCUGGCACUUAGGAUGUCGACGUACGGUAUUCAAGCUCUGCCCAAGGACGCAACAGUGAACGACAGCAACCUGUCUUUCCUUCCGACCCGUCUAUACAACCUCUCCAUGAUGCGCAUGAGCCAAUGGUACCGCGGCAAGCAGCCUAUCACGCUGAUGGACGGCGUCAAAUGCACCAGAGCAUUUAUGUGCACCGACCCACGGGAUCACAUCUUGGGCGUUUUGGGCUACGCCUCGGAUGUUGAGAAAGAUAGCAUCAUAUCCCGGGAUAACUUGUACUCUCUCUCGGUACAAGAGUGCUACUUGCGCUUCGCCAGAUCUCAACUCCUGGAGAAGAAGGAUCUCGGCGUUCUAGCAUCCGCGCCGCAAAAGUUGAUUAGCGAUGCCUCGCUGCCAUGGUACUACCGUUCGUUGUAUCAAUGGAAGCGUCGAAGGCUGCCAGGUCUCCCUUCCUGGGUGCCCGACUUGCGAAACCAAGAAUUAGAUGCUCUGACAAGCUACAGUGUUCGAUACGGCAAGUUCUCGGCUGGCGGAACAAAGCUGGGGGACAUCAAGAUCAUUGAUGACAAGAUACUUCGGUGCUCCGGGAUGAUUGUAGACACCAUCCAGGAUGAUGGCAUCUUCUGGCCCGAGCUACCGCUCCCACCGAAACCCAAGCGCGUCCCGUUCCCGCUCGACAGCAUAGAUGCCUUCUACGCCAGGAACUCGCUUAGAUCACUCAAAUUCUAUAAAUCCUGCGUCCGCAUUGCAUCAGGUUUGGAUCGCAUCCAAGACAUGUCCCCCGAGCUCCUCACUACUUUCUGGAAGACCAUGACGUGCGAGAGAAGCCAGCUGAGCGACCGCAUCGACGUGGACCUGUCAGAGCCUAUCAAGACGAUGAUCACGGAUAUGGAGACCUGGCUCGUCUCGGAAGACCCAGACGAGGCGGAAAGAGCCCGCGUGACUUUCGUGGCGGCUGCUGUGCCGGUGGAGAUGACUAUUCUGGCUGCGGCCAGUCCGCGGAGGUUCUCGCGUACGACUGCAGACAGGCUUUGCAUGGUGCCGAGAGAUGCAAAGGUUGGUGAUUCUAUCUGUCUCCUGCUGGGCUCCGAGGUUCCUUUUGUGAUUCGUCCCACGAAGAGGGGUAUGUAUGAGCUUAUAGGAGAUGCGUAUGUCAGUGAUAUUAUGGACGGGGAAGCUCUUGAGUCUGGCAAGUAUGCCCUAUCGGAAAUCGAGUUGGAGUAG